UCUGUUCCUGCCUCUUCAUGCGCAGCUCCUCACCACACAGGUCUGAAGGACAACUUUUGCUGGGGUUCUGGAACCUUUCUCCCUCCCCCAUUUUCUUGAAGUAAGAAGAAACGGACCUUCACUUUGGUGAGAUGAACCAAAUGUGGCACCUUCCCCCACCUUUAUUUCUCAAUUUGAUGCAUAUUUGCCUGGUUCAAGCCAAUUAUGCUCCUUACUUCUUUGACAAUGGCGCCAGCAGUACCAACGGGAACAUGGCCCUCCUCAGCCUUUCUGAAGAUACAGCCGUGGGUACUCAUGUAUAUACUCUAAAUGGAACUGAUCCAGAAGGGGAUCCAAUAACCUAUGGCAUGACCUUUGAAGCUGGAUCAAGAAGCUACUUUGCUGUUGAUGAAAAUUACGGAAAUGUUACACUGAUUGAGGAACUUGACCGAGAGAGAGAAGAUGAGAUUGAAGUUAUUGUCAGCAUUUCAGAUGGCUUAAGUACAGUGGCUGAGAAAGUUAGAAUCGUUGUUACAGAUGCUAAUGACGAAAGCCCAGAAUUUAUCAACACACCUUACAUAGUCCAAGUCCCAGAGAACACUCCUUCAGGGAGCAGCAUAUUCAAGAUUGAAGCAAUGGACAGAGACACAGGUUCAGGGGGGAGCAUUACUUACUUCCUACAGAAUAUCCGUACAAAUAAGUUUACUAUAGAUCGUCACAGCGGUGUGCUUCGCAUCAAAACUGGGAUCACGCUUGACUAUGAAAAAUCAAGAACUUACUUUGUUACUGUGGUGGCAAAGGACGGCGGUGGGAAGCUGCGUGGUAACAACAAAGUGUUUUCAGCCACAACCACAGUCACUAUCAAUGUGGAAGAUGUUCAGGACACUCCUCCAAUGUUUGUUGGCACUCCCUAUUAUGGAUAUGUCUAUGAAGAUACUAUGGCGGGCUCUGAGGUAAUCACCGUUGUUGCAAUUGAUGGAGACCGAGGAAAACCUAAUGAUAUUCAUUACCAUCUUAUAAAUGGAAGUGAAGGGUCAUUUGAAAUAAAUAAGACAACUGGAGCCAUUUCUGUUAUUAGGAACCCCAAUCAGCUGAAGAAAGAAGUAUAUGAACUCAAGGUUCAGGCCUCAGAAAUUAGUCCGGAAAGUGAAGAGGCAGCACAUGCCUUUGCCACAGCAACCAUAAGGGUUGUUGAUCUCAACAAUCACCCACCAACAUUCUAUGGGGAAAAUGGGCCACAGAACCGAUUUGAACUCACAAUGUAUGAGCAUCCACCAGAAGGUGAGAUCCUGAGGGGCCUCAAAAUUACAGUCAACGAUUCUGAUCAGGGAGCAAAUGCCAAGUUCAACCUUCGCCUCAUUGGGCCUGGUGGUAUUUUCCGCGUUGUCCCUCAGACUGUCCUAAAUGAAGCACAAGUCACAAUCAUAGUAGAAAACUCGGCAGCCAUAGAUUAUGAAAAGUUCCAAGUCUUCACCUUCAAGCUUCUGGCAAUAGAAGUUAACACACCUGAGAAGUUUAGUUCGACAGCUGAUGUUGUGAUUCGUCUCCUGGAUACCAAUGAUAAUGUUCCAAAGUUUUCUUCUGAUUACUACAUUGCAAGGAUUCCAGAAAAUUCCCCUGGUGGCUCCAAUGUAGUGGCUGUAACAGCGACAGACCCAGACUCGGGCCUUUGGGGUGAAAUGAAAUACUCUAUAUACGGAACAGGAGCAGAUCUUUUCCUGAUCCACCCAUCCACUGGGAUUAUUUACACUCAGCCAUGGGCUACAUUAGAUGCAGAGGUUAACUCCAAGUACAACUUCUAUGUGAAAGCAGAAGAUACAGAGGGGAAGUACAGUUUAGCUGAAGUCUUUAUCACUGUCCUUGAUGUCAAUGACCACUCCCCGGAGUUCAACGAGAACAUCCAGGAAAAAACCAUGAUUAUUGGAUCCCCAGUAAAAGUGGAGGCAAUAGACCAAGAUGCAGAAGAACCCAAUAACAUAGUUGACUACUCCAUUAUGCAAGCAGAUCCAGCCAAUGUAUUUGAUAUAGAUCAAAGCACUGGAGAAAUAAAGCUGAAAUCCUACAUAAGAUCCCUGGACAUCAUUCACAACAUCACCAACAACAAAGACUGCAUAUGGUCGGUGGUAGUCCAAGCCAAAGAUCGGGGCUCUCCUUCAUUUAGUACCACAGCUGUCUUGAAGAUUGAUAUCACGGAAGAGAUCAAAUCAAGGACUCUUCACAAAGGGCCUAUGGCUGCCUUUUUGAUGCAAACUAAAGAUAAUCCAAUGAAAGCCUUAGGAGUACUAGCUGGUGUUAUGGUGGUGAUGGUGGUGAUCACUAUCUUGAUCUCUACUGCCAUGUUCUGGCGCAAUAAAAGAUCCAACAAAGUUAUGCCAGUGCGACGGAUCAUUAAAAAAAGACAGAACUAUCAACCCAAGACGAUCAGGAUGGAAUGGCUGAAAUUCAAGAGGUCCAGUAGUGCUGCUGAGAAGUUUACAGUCCAAGAGGAUGCCAAGAGCCUACACAAUGAGAACAGCAACAAUAACUUCCAGAUUCCAUCUCCUCCACCACCACCCACUGCUCCAGCCCUGCCUCCAGCGCCAGCAUUCAAGACCAGUGCCCCUGAAUGGAGAGUGCCCACCGUAUCGGGGUUGCUAAGUCCCAAGGUUACAAAAAAGCAGAAAGGGGGCACCGCUUGCACAUCCCACACUGCCCUGGUGUCAGAGCUCAAGCAGAGGUUUGAAAUGAGAAAUGCGAUCGAUCACCGUCAGGUUUAGUGCAUCUUUCUCCUCCGAAGCUGCAUGCCAAGUAUUUGUGUGGACGUGCUGUUUCAGGUACAUGAUGUGAUUUGUGAUUCUGGAUUGCAUACUAUUUCCCCAUCUCCCAACAACCUGUCAGCAUUUCAUAUCAGUGUUUCACAUCAUCAGCUUGGAUUGCAUGACAGGACACAUGCUAUUUCCUGGUUGAAUGGCUUCGCCUAUAGCAUCAUGAUAACCUGUGAUGCAGAUCUGUUACCAAUCCAGAUUUUUAAGUGCAAAGUCUCUGACGCACUAAGAUGUCAGUUGAUUCCAAUUCUGACAAUUGUUUAAGGAAUUUCCCAUUCUUUAAAAAAGCCCAGUUUGAAAUAUUCUAAAAACUUGAGUUUCACACCAGGUACUUUCUGGUAUAGCAAAGAAUACUAACAACCCCUAUGUCUGUCUUGUCUCCAGGCAAUCUGUAUCCAGCACCCAAUGACAUUUAGUGGAUCCUGAAUUUAAAACACUAAAAAUUGAUCUACCCCCAACUAGAACUCAGCCCUAAAUUCAACUGAGAAAGAAUAUGUUACUGUACCUACUCAUAUAGUCUUCACCAGGUGAAACAUGAGGAAUCAAAUUUGGCCAAAGCUGGUGAUGAUUUUGAAGGCAAGAAAAAAAAAAAAGAAGGAUCACAGCAAAAAAAAUGAGGGGCACAAUACAAACUGCAGAGUGUAAAGAUGAGGUAGAGUACAAAGGAUGACUGAUGCUGAAGAGAUGUAGUUUCUAGGAACUACAUGUAAAGCAAGGCAAUAGUUUUGUCUGGUACUGUAAACCAUUGAUUAUAUGACAGAAGGCAAUGCGUGUGUAGGAGCCUGUUUCCAUCAUAGCUCCAAGACUAUGAAAUCUGGAUGCCUGAAACUUGGUAUCAAUGCUUGUUUAGGCUCUAUAGCUUUGCACCUUGGGGUUAUUUUGUAGGUAGAAUGGAGCAAUUAAUUUUAGCUGACUUAAAUCCAUCUUUAUCCCAUAGCAUCAUCUCUAGACAUGAAGUGGCAAAUGUCCCUAAAGUUCCCUAGAGACAAAGAUCAAAGCAAGCCUGACAUAUUCAUUUCUUCCAGGGGCCUGUAGGCAGCUUUAUGUUGUGCUUUCCU